AUAUUCGAGUCGCGGAGCGAGUCGGUGUUCGUCGCGCGGGGUUGCGGGCUGCGGCCGUCAGUCGUCGGGUGAGCGGGGUGCGACGUAAACGCGGACUCGGACUAUGGCGGAAGGGCUGGUCCUCAUUCCCAUAAAAGGGUCGAGUUGAUUGUGGUGCAGAUACGUGUGGUUCCCUGCGCCCGACACAAAACUGCACUAAACACUAUGAAACAUACAAAUUGAAAAUGGCUUUUAAAAAGUAAACAUUAUCUAUUGUUGACGUUUUGUUGUAUUGUUCAUGGAACAAGAGAGAAUACUUAUGUAUACAUGAUUGAAUAGUUGUUGGUAAAAUUAUAUUUUAAGCCUCGACUGGCAGAAAUCAUAUCUUCCAAAGAAGAAUAUAUACAAAAGCAAAAAUGGCUACGCAGAGGUUUUGUUUGCGGUGGAACAACCACCAGUCUAAUAUGUUGUCUGUGUUCGAUCAGCUACUGCACGCUGAGACCUUCACCGAUGUUACACUUGCCGUCGACGGUCAGCUACUGAAGGCACACAAGAUGGUCCUGUCGGCCUGCAGUCCUUACUUCCAAGCUCUCUUCGUGAACCACCAGGAGAAACAUCCCAUUGUUAUAUUGAAGGACGUUCCGUAUUCGGACAUGAAGAGUUUACUCGAUUUCAUGUACAGGGGUGAAGUAAGCGUAGACCAGGAGCGACUGACGGCUUUCUUAAAAGUAGCCGAGAGCUUAAGAAUAAAAGGACUUACAGAAGUAAAUGAGGAGAAGUGCGAUAUUCCAGCUUUGACUAACUCGUUAAUACAGCAACAGUCGAAUGCGCACACACCUCCUCCUCAACUACACAGAAUACAUCCAUACAUGCAUCAGAAAAGGCCAGCAUCGGGUAUGCCAAGUGGAGGAGCACCUCCCAACUUAUUAAUGCCUUUAUUGGGUAAUGCGUUGAUGCAGCCUAAACGAAAACGAGGUCGGCCUAGAAAACUCAGUGGAAGUUCAAGUGAUGCUUUAAACACAGCCGCUAGUCCUCCCGGAGAGUUUGCCCCGGAGCCUGCCUCUCACGGAUCAUCGAACCGUCCAGGCGACCAACUGAUUAGAGGUUCUCCAGAGAUGUUGGAAGUUAAAAUGUCCAUGGAUAGCUUUAACACCGAAGACGGGGCUACGUCAGGGGGCGAAGAAGCAGGUGAAGCACUACUCAUUGACGAAGGUGACGACGCGCAAUCGACAGAGGCACCCACUGGCAAGGACUCCGAGUCUGCAGAUCCCGAUAAACCGCAAAAAGAAGAAAUACAACAAAACUUUACGACAAACGGGCCUGUGCUUUCCAUAGAGAACGGAUCGAUUAAACAAGAACCAGCCGCUGAACUAAACGACGGUUAUAAUGAACCAAUCGAAUAUAAAUAUAAUCCUGAUAGAAGCCGCGACAAUUCUAAUUCCCAAGACGGUCCUAUUAAAGACACAGAAGAUAAAAACAGACUAGGUCGUAACUUAAAGCCAAAGAAUAGUAAAAAAUUACUACCCCAAAUGUCCAAAAUUAGAGCUCGAAACUUGUUCAAUCAACUUUCCGGGUUAUCCAGUUUGAAUCCCGCGCUGAAUACGUUCGACAAAUUCCCACCAGACCCGGUUCUGAUGCCAGCUCUCGCCACACAGCUGUUUGCCGCUGAGUUAGAGCAAAAUAACCUCAACUUGGCUAACAACGAAGUAUCCGAUUUAGCACAGACCAACUGGGAACAUCGCAUAUUUCCCUCUCCUAUAAGGAAGGCCAAUAUGGGUAGCGUGGGCAACUACCACGAGGAAACAAACGAGUCUGUGAGAGAUUACUGCAUCAAGGAAGGGGAGAAUGUGUUCAGAUGUAAAAUAUGCGCGAGAGUCUAUACACAUAUAAGUAAUUUCUGUAGGCACUACGUUACUUCUCACAAGAAAGAUGUUAAAGUUUUCCCGUGUCCCAUCUGCUUCAAAGAGUUCACUCGAAAAGACAACAUGAUCGCUCAUCUCAAGAUCAUUCACAAAAAUCAGCCCAAUGCUAACGAGCAAAUGGCCAAGCAGGAGUCUUAGAGCCGCCGCCGGCAACACUCAGUAGUUCUCUUUGUCGCAGAUGUAUUGAGAUCUGAUUAGCCAGAGUAGACUUUAUUCAUGUUAUACGUUAUUUAACUUAAAAUUUGGAUUUUCAAUAGUUUAUAAAAUGUAGAUUGCGUAUUGAGUAAGCGUUCGAGCUCUAAGUUUCAUACUUGCAUACUGUAUGUCAAUAAGUUUGUUGAUAUUAAGCGACGCCAGUCGUUUGUUGUUAAUAUUUAUCUAUUUAUUUAUUGUUCCAUUUGUUUCUCAGAGUGCUAACUUCAAAGAGAUUUAUAAAAUUUUCUAUGAUUUACUUGUUAUUUUGCACUUAACUUGUUACUUAAUUUUAUUAGUUACAACAUUUUCAGGGUACAAAAUAACUACUCAUGGUGAUCGUAAAUUCGAAAGUAGUGUAAUUGUUUACGUGCUGAAUAUUAAAUGCAAUUCUCAUUGAACUGAAUUAGUUAGUUUAAGUUUAGUUAAUAUAUUUAUGAUUAAAGCAAUGGCAUGGUCUUUUUGUAAAUAGAGUCGUGUGCUAGGCGAUGCGUCUGUUUGUCUGUCGCAGACAGUUAGGUACCUGCGUAUCUCGAGAGGCUAAUAAAAAUGCCAAAUGGACUCUUUACAAAAAGAUUACAACAAGAUGCCAUUGCGUAAGUAGUAGCGGGAAAAUGCAUUUUCAUUUAACUUGCCUUAAUAGUGAUCUUAGUUGUAGAUGACGAUUUGACUUCUUCGAAGUAAAACUCAACACAGGCUAUGAUUUUAUUUUCUAGAAUUUGUUAAGAUUAAUUUAAAAUAGUUUAUCAAUGUUGAAAUAUUUGGUUGUAAAUGUUAUUGUACUAUUCAAAUAUCUACUUAUUUAAAUCGCUUAUAUACACAUAGUAAAUACAAUAAAACGUAUAGGAUAGUUGGCGCUACAGUAUCCAGGGCGAAGUAUUGUAGGACUUCUACAGGUUAAACGUUCAGUUCCUGAUUAUUCAACAGAGCCCCAAAUCAUUUAGAUAUUUUAAUAAAAGUUUUCAAUUCCUAACAUUAAAUAUAAUAGGAUUAUAUUACUUUGUUAAAUGAUCAAAUUAUUUACUCAUGUGAAAUAUCUAUUUGUCAAAGACAAUACAAGAAAUACUGUAGCUAAUGUAUAAAGGUUAUCACCGCGUACUGCGCCUGUUGUGGGCGCGCCUGCGACGCGGCCGUGCUGCCAACGGGAGCAGUCGCGGUGCCGUAACUGUAUCACAAACACAUCUACCUUAUUCAUAUUUGAGUUACUAUAAAGUAAAACAACUUAAAAACAAAUGUAACAUAUAUUAUAUAUUUUAAAGGUUGAUGUUUAAAUUGUAUAUAUUGAGAAGAUACAACAAGGCGUUGUUGUUGAAGUGAUCUUAGCAAGGUGCUUUGAAUGAAGUUUAUAUGUAACUGGAAUCAUGAGAUGAUUUGUAAAUUCUAUUUUAGUAGAAAACAAAAUGCCUUAAAUUUAAAGUAAGGAACGGUACUUAUAAAAUUAUUUACUUAGUUAAAUUUAGAGGCAAAAGUAGUCUUCCAUGUAAUUAUAGCGACACGUUUUCAUAUAUUUCAAUAAUAACGAGAAAAUUAAAUUGUUUUAAAUAAUAAUAUUGUAUAAAAAGAGUUUAGUAAGUAUGGGUAGUAGUCUACUUCAGUAGGGACGUGCGUGUGAGUACGUCGUCGACCCAAACACCAAAUUCUCCAAUACAAACGUAGGUCCAGGGAACGCUUGCCUAUUAGUGUGCCUUUACUUGUAUAUUCAUAAGUUAAUGUUUAUCGACUACUAGACGACUAAGAAAUUUCAAAAAUGUUAUGUAUUAUUUAUUUUCAUUAUUCAGAGUUUACAAUGUCUACUUUAAGAAGCUUCCUUAGGAAUUUAGAAACCUUUUAGGCCCAAGUAGUUAAUUAAAAGAUGUAAUUAAAAUUAAGAAUAUAUCAUCUCAUGUUUUCCAUUUUGUUUGGAAAUCGGAACAACUCGUGAAUGUUAUUUACAAAAUGAAUAAAAAAAUUCGUGUAAUUUUCGAGGCGUCGGGUCUUGAUAAUCAAUAUUAAGACUGCUAAAAUUCAUAAAAACGAAUUUAUUGUACCUACCUUUCAUAAAUCUUUAUACGAAAUUUACCUUGAACAUUGAUAGGUACUUAAAGAGGAAAUUUAGACUUAAUAAUGGUGAGGCUAUUAUUGAACGAGUAAACAAAUCACUUACAUUUAUGAUAGUCAAUUUAGCCAGUGCCUAAGCUUAACCCGUUCAUUUGUGUGUACCUAGUAACCUUACUUGGACUACAUUUUGUGUAAUACAUGUUAUAUGUAUCUUGUUUUCUUUACCUUUAUAUUACACUCGAAAACAUACGUUUCAAAGGAAAUUGUAUUUGAACUUAUAUUUAUUGUCAUCUCAAUAAUAAAUAAUUUUAUUAUUUGUUAAUGUUAUAUCAUAAUUGGUGCUAAAUUAUACUUAAGAAAAUGUCGCAUGUGAUGUGACAUAAAUGGAUUGUCCCUAAAUAUACAUAUUUAUAUAUUGUUUGUUGAUAUUGUUGUUUUAAAAAGCAUGUAUAUUAUAGUCGUUACAUUAUUUAUCCGUUGACAAAUUCUAUCACGGGACUCUAAAACAUUCACAAUUGUCUAUGCAAAUGAAAUGUUGUAAUAUUAGCAGUUCCAAAUGAAACAAAAUAAUAAGGAUAUAUUUACUCACAGAUUAUACGAAAACUUAAAGCAAUAUUUAUGGAAGUUAAUACAAGUACCUAAUUAUUGAAAGAUAGCUUACUCGUGUAUAAAGAUUUUCUGGGUUUUGAACGAUAUCAUAAUUUUCAUCUCAUAUAAAUUACUUCCGAAUAACUAGGUGUAUCAUAGAGUUUCAGUAUAAAUAUAUUUGCCUAGGGUUGUUUGAGGGAUUGGUGAAGAAGAUAUAAAUGUAGAGAAAUAUAUUUAUUUUUUUAAUCUACAGGGUUGUAUAACACACCUAAAGCGUGGUUAUACUUAUCGUGAUCUUGUUUACACUAUUAUUUAAUCGUUAUACCUGCGACCACAUAUGAACAAAUAGCCAAUGCCAAUUCGUCAAACAAAGUCAUGAUCGUUAAGUUGUUAACUUUCUCUCUCACAAAAGUUGUAUUAAACCUACCGAUAACGUUAAUUAUAUCUUUACUUAUAAAAUUCACACGACAAUUAAAAUAAUAUUCUAGAGUUUAGCCAAAUAUUAAGCAAAUCCAUAUUUUUUGUUAUUUGCACUUAGACAAUAGAGAAUGCAAAGAGUAAUGUUUAGAUAAAUUUAGAAUUGAAAGUUACACGACAUAGAAUAUUUGUUAAUAAAAACAAAAUACAAUGGUAUACAAUAAGGUGUUAAUUACUAUUUUUAGAAACUUUAAAGAAAAUAAUAAAAGUUACAGCAAAACAACCAAUAUUUUAAUGACACUUAUUAUUUUGUUUUGAUUUGUUAUUGUUAUUUUAUGUUCUCACCUGUUUUAUUUUGUUUAUUGUGAGGCGGCCGGGUCUGUCUGUGUACUGUGUACGACCUCGUGCCCAUGUAUGUAUGAACUUCUUGUUACAACAUUUGGCAACCACUGUGUAUGGUGACAUUUGAUGUGUUGUCUUGCCGUUUGAUAAAUACUUCAAUAAUUAGUGACAUGAUUCGAUUUAUGUUUCCAUGGUCUGUCACUCGUGAUGUACGCAGCAACGACGACGAACACUAACGACUACAACAUAUUUAAUUAUUUUUAUAUUUAAAUAGUAGCAAAGUAACAACACGGGUUAUUAGUAAAGAGUAGAUUAAAAGUUAAGUUAUUUAUAAUAUUAUAGACAUAAAUAGUGUUGUUGACGAAGGAGUGACAUUGGAACACUGUGUACAAUGUUACAGAGAGGACUGAGCAGGUACGUUAUCCUAUGGACGCUACUCUCACGUUUCGUAGAUGGUGUGGUUAGAGCUAGUUACGUUUAAUGCUUUCUAUGUUGCUCAAAUUGAUGCUCUGCAAUGAACAAAGUAUUGAUUUGUUGGUCCAGUACAAAUUGUUGCUUUUUAUUUUUAUUUAUACCAUACUCUUAGAUAUUUCUGAUGCAAUAUUAUCCAGAUAUUGAUUAAUGAGGCUAAUUACAUGUUCCUGAUAAUUUAUCCAAACAUGAUUGUAUCUCUCGGCUUAUUGUUUUCUGUAUGUCCGCAUACAAUAUAUUGGCAACUAUUUUAUGUCCUACAUAUAUUGUCGUGUGCAACGAACGAAGCGCACGGCGGCUAUGUUUAAUGUUACUUUUCAACUAUAAACCCACCUUAUGUGAUCUUAAGAACUAAGUUAACUGAAGUGUUAUUUUUAUAAUUAUGUACCUACUACUGAACUUGCCGAAAUAGUUCCAAAUGCAAACACUUGAGUCCUAUUAUGUCAUAGUGAAAUCUAUUCUUUUUUGUUAUUAUUUUUUAAUUUAUUAAUUUAUGGUUAUUUUAAAAUAGUUUAAGCAGUUUGAUUUUGCUACAAGUUCAUCUUUUAAUACAUCAGAUUUUCAUUGAACACAAUCACUGUUAUCUUUUGAAAAUUAUUUGCUUAGUGAGUUUUAAUUUAUAGGACUGAUGAUUCAAAUUUUGGUCAAUAUAUAUACACUUAGUACAUAUAUUCCAAAAUUGAUAUUAUUUCACUUUUUCUAGUUUUAAAUGUUUUAUUUUGAAUGCAUCUCAUGAACAAGUUUAUUCUAAAUUAUUUAUUUUGGAUUGUUUCUUCUAAGUACUCUUGGUACGACUCGUAUCACUCUAUGGUUUACUUCACAAGCUGGCAGCUACCUACUAUACGUUUUAUAAUCUAUCUCGUAAACUUGUUUAUGAAAUGGUUUCAUGAAUCGUGGUUUUCAUUUUAAUCAUGGUGUAAUAAAAUUUCGUCAUUCAAUUUGAACAAAUAAAGUUAAUAUAUUUUCA